AUGAUGAUUGAAGCUCUUCUCCUCGUUGUAGCUGCUCUACAGGAUCACAGAGUCGCUGCUGAUGAAGGACAGAUAUUUCCGCUGGAUAUGGCUCUGAAUUCAGCUGAUGAUCAAUAUGAUGGAUGUAGCAAGGAAAUGGAAAAAAAGGUGCGCAAUACAUAUCUGGACAGAGAGCUCAAAAGUAACUCAGAUUUUAAAAAGGUUUGGGAAAUAGGACAAAUGAAUAUUGAUAGGAAUUUUAAAGAUAAGGAAUUAAAAAAGGACCAUAAAAUCGCUUUGUAUGCAUACACUUACCCAGGAAAUGAAAAUACGUCAAGCAUUUUUAAUACAUUCAAUGAAGACACUCGUAAUGGUAGAAAAAAAUAUACAGCCAACACGUACAACUGGUAUUCACUUCACUUUCUAUUAACAGACGCAAUACACAUCUUGAAGAAAACACAAACAGAAUGCGAUACUACUUUUCGUGGUACAAAAGUUGCGUUUAAGGGUCAGGUUUUUACAAGUGUUCGUUUUGGCUCAUUUACAUCCUCCUCUACUAAAAAAUAUGUAGCAGAAAAUUUUGGACAAAAAUCUUGUUUUAAGAUUCAAACUUGUAAAGGCGCUAGAAUUGCUAGAUAUUCUAAGGACCAUGAUGAAGAAGAGGUGCUGAUUCCUCCUUAUGAGGUGUUUAAAAUCACUGAAAUCAAGACAAGGAAUAAGCAAAAUAAACUCUGGUGCGACACUGUGUUUGUGUUGAACAGCACUGGAGUAUGGAGUGACCUGAACUGUACUCUCUUUAGGAGACCUUAA